GAGAUCUUGCAGAUGGAUUUUGAAAUGGAAGUUCUCAGCGAAUUGCCAGGGACGCAGCUUAUUACGUGGCAGGUUGAAUAUCCCGGAGGAAGGACAUCUGACCUCAGCAUCUCCAAGAUUUAUGUUAGCCAGAAGGAUCUCGUUGGCAUUCUUCCCUUAGCUAUGGAAGCAGAGAUCUUAAACACUGCCAUUCUCACUGGGAAGACUGUAGCUGUCCCCGUCAAAGUGGUCUCAGUGGAGGAAGAUGGAACAGUCACUGAUCUUCUAGAGUCUGUGGAGUGCCGGUCCUCAGAUGAAGAUGUGAUUAAGGUGUCCGAAAGAUGUGACUAUGUAUUUGUCAAUGGGAAGGAAAUGAAAGGCAAAGUGAAUGCCAUUGUCCAUUUUACAUACCAACAUCUGAACACCCCCCUGGAGUUGACCGUGUGGGUUCCCCGCCUCCCACUGCAAAUUGAAGUCUCCGACACAGAGUUAAAUCAGAUCAAGGGCUGGAGAAUCCCCAUUGUUUCUAACAAGAGACCAGCUAGAGACAGCGAUGAGGAAGAGGAGGAUGAGCGGAAGGGAAGAGGCUGUACUCUUCAGUACCAGCAUGCAACAGUGCGGGUCCUUACCCAGUUUGUAGCUGAGCCCUUGGACCCUGGUGGCCAAACAACUUAUCUGCUGGGCUCAGAUUGGCAGGUCGACAUCACUGAACUGGUGAACAAUUUCAUACAAGUGGAAGAGCCAAGGAUUGCUAAACUGCAAGAUGGCCAGGUGCUAGUGGGACAGGAGUUAGGCAUGACGACUCUACAGAUCCUGUCCCCGCUUUCUGACGCCAUCCUGGCAGAGAAGACAGUGACUGUCCUUGAUGAGAAGGUGACCAUCACUGACCUGGGGGUCCAACUUGUGUCCGGCCUUUCACUCUCCUUGCAGCUGAGCACAGGAAGUAACAAAGCAAUCUUUGCCACGGCAGUGGCCCAUGAACUCCUUCAAACAGAAAAGCAGGAAGCUGUGAUCAGUUGCUGGAUCCAGUUCAGUGAUGGAGCAGUGAUGCCCUUAGACAUUUAUGAUGCCAAGGACUUUUCUUUGGUGGCCACAUCUCUGGAUGAGAAGGUGGUCUCUGUCCAGCAGAGUCCCAAGUUUAAAUGGCCUUUCAUUGUGGCUGAGUCAGAAGGCCAGGGUCUGUUGGUGAAGGUGGAGCUGGUGAUCAGCGAAUCAUGCCAGAAAUCAAAAAGGAAAAGUGUUUUGGCAGUGGGCACUGGAAACAUCAAGGUCAAGUUUGGUCAGAAUGACACCAUCCCCAACACGAGUGACAGCAAGCGUGGUGGAAGUGGUGUACAUCUGGAGAACCGGACCAGCGAUCGGCGUCAGAAGACAAGCCUGCAGGAAAGAUCUCGGCAAGAGGGACCUUACUACAGCUCCUCGAUGGGACAAGAGGAAACAAGAGCAACUAGCACUCAGAAGUCCAUUCUGAGUAAGAAAGAAGACCGGGAGAGCCUCCUAGAUGAUGACAGCCAUAUGCAAAGUCUCCCGAUAGACUUUACCAGUUUUCCAUCUCAGGUAGACCUGCCCAAGAGCAAUGGAGAUUUGGAAGAGAAUGAUCCUGAUGAGACACCCAGGGGCUUAAGUGACUUGGAAAUUGGGAUGUAUGCUUUGUUAGGGGUCUUCUGUUUGGCCAUUUUGGUGUUCCUUAUUAACUGUGUCACCUUUGCCUUGAAAUACAGGCAUAAGCAGGCUCCAUUUGAAGAGCAAGAAGGUCUGAGGCAUUCUCAUGACUGGGUAGGACUGAGUAAUAGAACUGAGCUGCUGGAGAAUCACCUCAAUUUUUCUACCCAACAGGAGGAAUGCAUUACAGCCAUUGACCGAAGUGUGGAUUUAGAAGAAAGCAAAUAUCUCCUUAGUGCCAACACUCAGAAGAACCUCAAUGACCAAGUCUUCCUAUCCACAGACUCUGCCACCUUUCCCGAAGGGAAGGAGCAGAAGAAUGAACAGGCCACCUCACCAACCUCCAAACGGAAACGUGUCAAAUUUACCACCUUCACCACCAUCUCUUCAGACGGUGGGUACCCUACCGUCAACUCCAUUUUGACAAGCAGUGAGGACGAUAUCAAAUGGGUUUGUCAAGACAUGGACCUGGGGGAAUGUAAAGAACUAAGGAACUACAUGGAACAGCUACAUGAAAAUGUGUAAUAAUACAUCAGAAAAAGAUUUUGUUUUCUUUCUUAUCUCCUUUUUUUAAAAAACUCACCUUUCUGCCUUUAAUUUGAGAUAUUGGUCAAAAACAAGGAGCGUAGACAAAAAAAAUACAACUUGGUGAACAAUCUAAAUGGGGUUCAUUGGGUUUCGGUGGAGAACAUCCAGAAUGUAGUCAAAGUCCCAGAUAACAAAUAUGAUCGAUAUUCAAUGGGUCUUGUAGAGAGGUGUCUGA